AUGUGGAGCCGCUGCUGCAGAGGCCGGCCUUCCGCUGUGCUGCUACUGUUGCUGCUAGUUGCAGCAGCAGCAGCAGCAGCCUGCUUCGGCGUAUCUUGCCUGACAAUCAGGCGCUCUGCUGCUGCUGCUGAGGCGGGAUCAAUGCUCAGCAGCAGCCGAGUCAGCAGCAGCAACAGCAGCAACAGCAGGAUUAGCAGCAGCAGCAGCUCGUGUCUCUUCUACCCAUCGCUUAUGUUCAUCAGCGCCGGACAGCAGCAGCACAGCAACGGCAGCAGCAACAGCCGCAGCGGUUUGCACUCCCUUACAUCUUUUAUUGUCUCUUCAAGCUGUCUGCCCAUUGGCAGCAACAGCAACUGGAGCAGCAAAAGCAGCAGCAGGUUGGCUGCUGUUUCUUCUCAGAAGAAACAGCAGCAGCGGAAGCAGCAAGAAAAGGAAAUACUGCAGCGCCGCAAGGCGAACCAAGCGAAGCAGCGAGAGCGACUGCUGCAGCAGAAACAGCAGCGGCGGCAGCAGCAGCAGCAACAGCAACAGCAGCAGCAGCAGCAGCAAAAUGCUGCUUCUGAAGCCACCAAAGAGGAACUUGUUGCUCUGCGAGCGAAGUUGCGGUUGCAGCAGCAACUGAAUCGGAAGAAGCAGUUGAAGCAGCACCAUCUGCUGCUGCAGCAACGGCGGGAGCAGGCAAAGCUGCAGCGGCAGCAGCAACGGCAGCGGCUGCAGCAGCUGCGUUUGGAGGCCAGACAGGCGGCGCAGCAGCAGCAGCAGCAAAAUACGCUUGGUAGGGCUACAACAAGAGAAGGGAAAGACCUUAAGCUAGCGGAGAUAAAGCAUUUGCUGAAGACGUCGCUGCUGCUGCUGCAGCUGAAGACACAAACCAUCGGCAGCAGCAGCAGCAACACCGGCAGCAGAACUGUUUCGGUGGGGCUCACGCAGGAGCAGCAGCAGCAGAUCUUCAGGAUGCUGCUGCUGCAUGGUCUUCAUAAAUUUGUGCUGCUAAAGAGAAUUAAAAACUCCCUCCUCCGCACAGCCAUUCGCCAGCUCCAAGAAGAGCAGCAGCAGCAGCAGCAGCAGCAGCAGCAGCAGCAUGGCGUAGAGGAGAUGCAUGCACGCCUGUGGGGCCGAUGGGAUGAUCCCCCUCUUAGCGACGAAGACAUCUUGGAGGCCCUAGGUGUAGAUCAACAGCAGCUACAGCAGCAGCAGCAACAGCAGCAGCAAGAACAGGCGAAGGGGCAGUCUUUCGCUCCUGCUGCAGCAAGGCCCUCUGGAGGCAAGAGCAGCAAGAGCAGCAAGAGCAGCAGCAGCAGCAAGAGCGCCUCGAAGAAAACAGCAGCAGGGAAUAAUGCUGCUGCUGCAUCUGCUGCUGAUUCGCCACCUCUUGACUUAGAGACGAUGGAGAUGCCAGAGCCUGAGGAUUACGCAGCAGCAGCUGCAGCAGCAGCAGCAGCAGAAGAACAAGCCAAGACAGCAAUUCAAGUUGCGGGUGCUUCUCGAUCUGUUGCAGAAUCAGCGGAGCUGCUGCUGCCACAGCUGAAGGGAGAAUCUCUUUAUGCCUUCGUGCAUGCAUCUGCUGCAGCAGAAGACAGAUUGGGGGAGGCUUUGCGUUUGCUGCUGCAGCAAGCUGCUGCUGCUGCUGCAGCCAACAAAGAAAGGGCUGAAGAGAUAGCAGCAGAUAACACGCGCAGGAAACCAGGAGACAAAUAUAUAAUGCUGCCGGUAGAGAAGCCUCCGCCUGCUGAGCUGCUGCCUCUCAUCAUGCAAAGACCUGCUGCUGCUGCUGCUGCUGCUGGGAAGGGCGGCGAGGAGGGGGAGUCGCCCUCAUCUGCUGCUGCGGCAACAGCAGCAGCAGAAGCAGCAGCAGAAGCAGCAUUGGGGAAGCCGCCACCGAAGGGCCCCCCGCUGCUGCUAGAUGCUGCUGCUCUCAGCCCUGACCGCCUCAUACUCUCUAAUAGUUUGCUUCUUCUUGCAGAGCUGCCUACGAGGAAGCAGCUUAUGCAGAAGCUAGCCGAUAAAGCUCUUCUUCCUUCGGUACAGCUGCUAUCGUCUCUGCAAAGGGGUUGUGCGGCGUUGAGUUUGACGUUGAGGGCUUCGCAGCUGCAGCUGCUGGCCCUGCUAACACACGGCCGCCUUAAGGCGGAGCAGCAGCAGCAGCAACAUCUCGUGCUGCAGCAGCCGCAGCCGCAGCAGUAG